UACUCCUCCGCGCGCUCCUUCCAAGGCGAUGAGAAGAGGAGAGAAGAAGAGGUCCCGCUGACCCCGACAUGUCCAAGUCGCCGCAAUACAACCACCGACACAGAUCGGCCUCCAUCCCGGUCACUCCCGAGACCAACUGUAAGCCCUUCAACGCUCGAUCGCGGCUCCCCAACGGAGGUUACCUGUCUCUACCCAAGACCUACCCACCUUUAGAAACCGUGCCCAGGUGCGCCCCCGAACAGAUGCCGACGGAAGCGCACCCCAACCAAUUCAAACCGAGAAACGGAGAGGCCGAAGAUCUGUCCAGAAGAUUCUCCGAAAACCUGACGGUGGAGGGUUCCAGUAGGAGGAGAAGGGGCCCGGUGGGUAGCCCUCGUCACUGCCGAUCUCUGUCCUUCAGAGCCAUGAAGCGCCCCACUCAGCAACAGGUUCAAGACGACUUCCGGCCGCGCGUGUCCACCAUGCCUUCCGACACCACUUCUUAUCUCAGGCGCCGCAGAAGGGCCUUCGACUGUGCGCGAGAGUGCCAAACCAGACCCGCGGGCCUGUCCUUAGAUUUGGAGUUCGACGAACCGGUAGAAGACGAGUAUUACCUUCUGCGAAGCUUCAGCAUCACUUCCAAAGGCAUCGUCAAUCGAGGCGAUCUGGUCAGACAGAGAAGCAGAAGUAAUAACAGCGUUGCCUCCACCGCCUCCAGUUUGACCGGAGGAGCGUCUAGCGCCACUUCUUGCUCUUCCGGGCGCCAAAGUAAUCAUAACUGUAAAGUACUAAUACUGGGCAAAUGCGAAGUGGGCAAGACGUCGUUGAUGACUCAGUUUAUGACCUCCGAGUACAUGAACGCUUACGACGCGCCGCAAGAAGAUGCUGAAACCACAGAGAAGUGUGUUUCGGUCUUGCUAGACGGAGAAGAAUACGAACUGACCAUCGUCGACAUGGACGUCUUUGACGAUAUUUCCCUCCAGAUGCCGGAAAUUACGUCGACGGAAGUGGACGCAUACGUCGUAGUAUAUUCCGUGACAGACAGACCAAGCUUCGAAAAGGCUGUGGAUGUUCUCUUCGCAUUGAGAGAGUUGGGCUAUACAAUUAGUAAGGCUGUCAUUUUGGUAGGAAACAAAUGCGAUCUGGCUCGAUCCAGAAUCAUCACAACAGAAGAAGGAAAAGCGGUGGCAUGUUCGUACGAAUGCAAGUUCAUCGAGACUUCAGCGGGGAUCGAUCACAACGUGGACGAAUUAUUGGUGGGAUUGGUCUCGCAGAUUCGCCUGAAAGCGCUGCAGAAGCAAGAGAUGUUGGAUUUUCCUUCGUUCCGUAAACGCAGAAGCAAGGGCUCCUUCGGAUCCGGAAAUCGAGCCAGAGGACUCAUCAGCAGAUUAUUGGGAAAAGAAAACUAUAAGUCGAAAUCGUGCGACAACUUACACGUUUUAUAAAAACAACAAUUAUCACAAAAGUUCCACGGUAUUAGUUCUUUUCGGAAUUUUCCUAAAUGAAAUCGAGUCGUAAAGUAUACCGUCAUCUUAGACGAAACUAAAUCUUAGAUCAUUUCUAGUUCCCAUUGACUCCCGUAAAAUAAUCGAUAAAUUAGAGAAUUUAGAAACCACCCCGUAGCAGUUUUCCAAAAUAACAUCUUUCUUCCUCUGCGUAAAGUUACAAAACUUUACGUAGGAUCAGCAUUUUUCAAUUAUAUAAAUGGAAAGCCGUCGAAAUUUUCAUUGCCACCCAAGAGAAGAAAGAUUUCGAUGACGCGAUUAUCUCGAAAACGAUCGAUUUUCAACUGUUUACAUUGGCAACGGUAAGAAUCAUUCCACAAAUCAGUUAUCACGAAGCAUUCAUCUUUCAUUCACCUUCAUAUUGCUUUUGCAAAUCUGGAAAUUAUGUUUUUAUCGUCCGUUAAUUGAGCCGUAAUCGGCUUAGUGCGACAGAAAAACUUGUUUACGAUAUUUUAUAAAGCGGCAAAACACGUGAAGGACGAUCGAGUCGAAUCGGCCUAAUAUUUGUGCAGAAAAAUUUUCCAAGGUAAACUGAUAAAAUAUAGUUCGAUGAGCAAUUAAUUAUUUAAUAUACUUUUAAGAUUAAUGAAUUCAGAACGACUUUAGUUUGACUUCCUCCUCUGCUCCUUACAGCCACCGAAUACAUAAUUAAUCGUUUGCAUCCUUUUGACAUAUAUAUUAGGCGAGUUUUUUCUCCGUGUUUUAUUGGAGAUAAAAUCUCCAGAUGCUUUUUCUUUAAAAAUUUUAAAAAGAAAAAAACUAUUACAUUUAACAGCAAAAUUUACUAUUGCAGUAAACUUUAGAUUUACAAAAGCGCCGUAUCGCAGACACCCCGUUGCUACGAAUAAACAUCUCUUAAGUCAAAGUAAAAAAAAAAAUAAGGGUUGUAAAUCUAUCAAUAAUGCCACGAUAGACCGAUUUUGUUUGAAAUUCAUACGCAAGAUAAUUUACAAUGUUAAUAAACUGCUUUUAUACGCACCAAUAAGGAAGAUCGAAAUACAACGAGAAGAAUCGUCCUCUUGGCAAAAAUGUUUCUAAGUGACGGCAAAGACUCCGUCCGAGCGAAUCGUAAAAAAAUUACGACUAAAUAAUUACUAUUUAAAAUUAAAAAAUAAAAUGUUUUACUCGCUUAGGCGUAAACUAAUUUGGCAUAAUUAAUUAAUCUAUCGAAAAAGUCUUAUUAUGUGAAAGUACGUUAUUGCAAUAAAAAUGACUAAUAAUACAUAAGCUUAAAAAAUAUUGAAACAAAAAAUGAAAUGUUUUUCUUAUAAAAUACUAAUAAUAAAUAUCAGAAUUUUUAACGGAAACGUUUGUUUACUCGUAUUAAAAAUGGAAAAAUAUUUUUGCCAAAACGACGUUACGAGACAACCAGUCAGCAUUUCCGAUAAUCCGAUCAUUUUCGAAUUAUCCGUUUUCUAUCAAUCGCGGAAUAGGAAUUGUUUUUCGUCGAUUGUUCCUAAAAGCCUUAGAUUGCGCUAGUGAAGUUUUCGAUUGAAACGAUUCCUUUAAAUUAGAUACACCUAGGUUAUAAACAGGCAUACACAGACGUAUAUACAGUAUAUUAGCCUAGCUAUCGCAUCCAAAUAUAUAGCCUAAUGUGAAUUAAUACAGGCGUAGUUCAUUGUUCCCAGAACGACAAACAAAUAAUGCUUUUAAAAUUCAGAAAGAUUAAGUAACGACAUUACAUUCGUAUUGUAAAACUUUUCCAGAUACGGAACUUUGCAGCAGAAAAUUCAACGUUAAUUGUACUGUACCACCGUACAAUAUUUCCUUACACGUUACUCUACUCGGCUCGUAUUGUUCGAUGUUAAAUUCUUACAUUUAAAUUUAGACAUCUAGAGAAACAAGGUGCUAUCUCUUUCUUAUAUAUCCUGUAUGGAAAUAAGACCGAGGCUAAAAGUCAUUUGUAUCGAUUUCGUAAAAUAUGAACUGUAGUUCUAGUCUUCAAGAUAUUAAUAGUAUGGGCAUUAUGGUUUCGAAAAUAUUUUCCGCUUCAAUUUCGACUUUAGAAUUUCCUAGUAGUUUCUAUGCAAAAACUCCAAUCUAUUAUUGGAAGUUUAGGCGACAGCUUAUCUGAAGAACAAUUUGAAAAUUAAUAAUACAGUACAUUUCGCAUAAUAGUUGCGUACGAUGGUAAAUUAUAUUUUCGAUUCCUAAUUUUGCGUUAUUUUCCUUAAAGGAGAUGAAUACUAAUAGGAAACAAGAUUCAAUAAAAAAUGAGAUUUUUAGUAAAGUGAAAGAAUCCGGAAGCAUUAAGGAAUUCGUAAGCGGAUGAUUCUCCAACUCCGCUUAGAAAUAACAUUUGCAACACACAAUGUGACACAGCUACACGGAAUAUUCUAUAAAAUGGGGAUUUAAUCUACUUUUUGACUUUUCACGCCCACUCUCGAUAAAAUUUCGAGAAAAUCGAAAACUUAGUUUCUUUCCGAUCCAGAAUGUACACAAGACGUAAUCGAUACUUACAAAAACAUUUCAGGAUUUUCUUCCAUUCGUUUCGUCACCAAAAUAAUUUCCAACAUUUACAAAUAUUUCAAAUAAAAAUGUUAUACUUUUUUGAUAGGAACGUAACGACUUUAAAAAAAAAUACAGAUUAGAACUCUCUCGAUAUAAUCGAGUAAAAACUUUAUUUUAAUAAUAGAAUAAAUUGUUAUAUUUACAAUUUCCACAAAACAGUGGAAAUUACAAAGUUUUAUUUGUAAAUUUUCCAAUUAAUAUCUUCUUAUUCUAUUAAAACAGUUUGUAACAAUGAAUUUCUGUAUUCGAAACAUUGGAAGAAGAUCUCAAAUUUGGCAUCUAGACCCAUAUACGACGUUUUAUAUUUCAUUAAUUUUCCGAGCCAAAUUUCAUUGGAUUGAGAACUCUGUUUCUUCCAGUGUCCAUUCGAGUAAUGUAAAAUUAUAACCCAACGAUUUCUGUAUCGAACAUAACAAAAUUAAAGAUUUACAACUUUUUCAUUGAGUGAAAUUAAACACUGCAUUAAAGUUUGCGCAAAUACAGAUAUAGGAAAAGUUUAUAAUUUCAGUCCAUAAAUUUCUCAAUUAGAAAUCUUAAGUCAGAAUAGCUGAACCUAUUUCUUUUUCCGCAGAGCAUGACGAAAGUUCCGAAUUAUCCUGGUGUAAAAAUACGUAGCACUUUUGUUGGUCGUGGAUCCGGAAUCGAAUCCAGACCGGAUCCUCCGAUUUUCAUAAUUUCCAGCCGGACGUCUCUUCAUCAUCCAGUUAAGUACGAUCGGCAUUGUCACGACUCCCACUGUUCAUUUACAUACCUCAUUACAUUAAAUACAACUUUUCCACUGCGACAUUCAAUUAAUCUUCGCACUCGAUAUUUGAAUCGGUAUUUUCCCUCGCGACUAACGUUCUUAAAUGUACGAAAUGGAGAAAAGAAAUCGGUUGAUGCCGGUCGAUAUAUUAUACAUAUUAUAUGUUAACAUAUAUUAAUAAAUGUAUAUUUUUCUUAUCUCAAAUCUUCUCAUCCGAAAAAUGUUAAUAAUUUGAGAUUUAUUAUAAUUUUAUUAACGCUUUCGACUUUAUUGGACUACUUGAAUUAAAAGAAAAAAAAAUACGAUGCUAAAAGAAGGUGCUAUCGAGUUAGUAUAACU